GAGAACAUGCCUCUUGCAAAAUAUCUCUUUCCUCCCUCUCCAGAAGAGGAGAAGAGGAAACACAAGAAGAAAUGCCUGGUGCAGAGCCCCAGUUCCUAUUUUAGGGAUGUGAAAUGCCCAGGACGCUAUAAAAUCACCACGGUCUUUAGCUAUGCACAAAUGGUAGUUUUGUGUGUUGGCUGCUCCACUGUCCUCUGCUUGCCUACAGGAGGAAAAGCAAGAUUUACAGAAGGAUGUUCCUUCAGGAGGAUGCAGCGCUAA